AUGAAGAAGCUUUGCAUUUCGGUUUCAGAUGCUUGCGUCGUUCCAUCGAAGACUCUGUCUCCGGCCACCUCUGCUUUUCGAUUUGGUUUUGUGGGUAUUGGACACUAUGCUCUUGUUGCUCGUGAGAAAGAUCUCUUGCUUAGUUGGCCAUUUCCAGAGAGAUACUUCCAUUUCUGUUUAGAGAAUGGUAUCAAAAAUGUGCUUCCGCCAUUUGCACUUUGUGAUUCAGGAACAAAUCUUUUGCAAAGAGAAGAGAGUUCAGAUUGUUGUCAAGAAAAGAGAGAAAACGAUGUUUGCACAGAAAAGAAUGAUAUUAAGAUAGCUGAUGAAGAAUAUAUGAAAGUUGCGCAUGAUUCAAAAUUUAGCGAAGCUAUCUCAAAAUUUUUAACACAGUUCUACAAUUGUUCUUUCUCUAGCGAGAGCAGUAAGCAUCGACAAAACUAUCAUCUUAUGUCUGACACUAUUGUUGACACCCUGCAUCGACAAAACUAUCAUCUUAUGUCUGACACUAUUGUUGACACCCUGGUUGCAAGAAUUCAACUGUCAAGUACCAUCCCAUGUUUGCACCCUCUUGUUGAUCGGAGUACCAAAGUGCUGGCUGCUCCCAAGAGGUUAAGACACAAACAACAGAAACGAAAGGGGAAACCUAAGAAGCGGUAUAUGGCAGAUAUUUUGGCUGUUGCAAAGCAUUGCACCUUGAAGGAAAUGUUCAGGGUUGACAGCUUAAGCAUUGAUUCCAAGUCAACUGCAGAGAAUUUCAAUGAAGGAACUCUAAUGUCUCUCACUGAACAUGACUGUAAAUCUGAGCUUGCAGAGGAAGAGCAAGAAAAACAUCAAAGUAUUGACAAAGAAGCUGUCGAUGGCAAAAUAACCCGUAAGAAAAGGCUUGUAGUGAAGUUUAAGCUGUAUGGAUCCGAUGGGAACUAA